AAGAUUCUCACGAGAGAAAGAAAACAGAAAUGUGGAGUGGAAGAAGAAGCAGCGAAGAAAAACUCAACAAACGAGUCGAACAGUCUGGGAGUCUCUUGUGUGUCUUCACGUUAAUCGGAUGCAACAUUUUGCAGAACAGAGCGUGUUCAAUUUUUUUUUGUUUCUUUUGAUGUCCAUUUCAAAUAAAUACACGGAAAAAUAAGAAGAUUGGAGCUGAAUUUCAUAUAAUUUCCUUCUUAAUAGCGAUCAAAAUGGAAAUUCAUUUGAAUUUAUAAUUUUUUCGCGCGGAUAUUCUCGACUUUGAUGUGUUAAAUAAAAAAUAAAAUAAAGAACGACAGAAACAAAAACUCAAGUGGCAGGAAAACAUCUGAUGUGAUUUUUAUUCAAAUCAUAAUUCGAGUGGCAAAUAAAAAGUCAAUAUCGAUGAUUUUUGUGAUGAUGUGAAACGAGCUGUUUUAAAAUCAGAAAAUUGUCGGGAAUGCUUUUUGCAAUUGGAAGUGAAAAGAUAAGCAUAUUUAAGAAAUUUCUAAUCUCAAAUGUUUCAUCAUUAAAAUUCGCAAAUGAAUUUUUAAGUCGGAACAAGAGUAAAUCAAAAACACAUUCAACGUUUCAAGAGAGUAAAAACAGAGCUUAAGAGCCAGUUAAAGUCAUCAAAAACCAGCAAAAAGGAAUAAAAAUAUCAGACUAUAAAAAAGUGACAACUUUCUCGUGAUGAAAGCGACAAUGCUUCUUAUCAUCGUCAAUAUUCUUCUUCUUCAUAUCUAUGUGGUUGUUGGCCGUAAUGAGAACAAUUACUUAGCCCAUCAUUAUCAACAUUAUCAUCAAUAUCAGACACUUGAGCCACAAACUGACUUGUCAAUAUGGAUAAGUGAACAACAAGUGAAGGUUCUCAGUGGAUAUUCAUUGAGAAUUUUUGCUAUUGAGAAUGGACGAAUAUCUCACUUUUUAAGAGACCCAGCUUUUGAUAGUUAUUUACCGAUUAUUCCACCUGAAGUCAGUUAUGUUAAUUUCACAUGGUCAGCUGGAAAGAAAAAGUAUCGAUACCAUUUUGAUAAAUUAACGUCACUCAACGAAGAAAUCUUGCAACCGCCAAUAAUUUCGAUAAAACCGAAGGGAAAAAUUCCACAAGAACCCAAGCAAUUCAGUGUCAUGCUUCCCUGCUCGAAUCUCACAUCAGGCAUUGCAAAAUUCAGUCUCGGUCUUCUUAUAAUUAAAGGAAGAGGAAAAAUUCUGCCCGGAACUCCGCUACGCUUCACUCUCAGAAAAGAAUGUUCGCACAGAGGUCCAGAUCCGGAAUGUGAUAAAAAAUGUCUCAAUAAUGGCUUUUGCACAAGCAACAAAAUCUGCAAAUGUUCUGAAGGAUAUUUAGGACGGAAUUGUGAGCAAGCACUUUGUUUCCCUCAAUGUUUGAACGGUGGAAAUUGCACUGCACCUGCCAUGUGUUCAUGUCCAAAAGGAUUCCAAGGAAGAUACUGCGAAGGUGGAAUUUGUACUGAAAAAUGCUUGAAUGGAGGCAAAUGCAUUCAAAAGGAUACAUGCCAAUGUCCAAAAGGAUAUUACGGAUUAAGAUGUGAAUUAUCUAAAUGCGUCGUUCCAUGUUUAAAUGGAGGAAAAUGCAGGGGAACAAAUAUCUGUAAAUGUGUAGAAGGCUGGUCCGGCAAUCACUGUGAAAUAAGACGACAUAAACGAGCCAAAAUUGGUGGAAAACCAUGUGGUGGCACCUGUCGAAAUGGUUUUUGUCGUCGCAAUGGCAAAUGCAAAUGUAACGCGGGAUAUGGAAUCUGCAAAAAAAAAUGCUUGAACGGAGGAAAAUGUAUUCAGAAGGAUAUUUGUAGUUGUCCAACUGGAUAUUACGGAUUGAGAUGUCAAUUUUCCAAUUGUGUUGAACCUUGUUUUAAUGGAGGUAAAUGCAUUGAAAAGAAUGUUUGUGAAUGUUCCGAGGGCUGGUUUGGAAAUCAAUGUGAAUUGAAAAUUCGUAUGAAACGUGAAGAAUCGUGCAGAGAAAUCUGCAAAGAGAAAUGCUUGAAUGGAGGAAAAUGUGUUGAAAACGAUACUUGCAACUGUCCAUCCGGAUAUUACGGAUUGAGAUGUGAAUUUUCAAAAUGUGAUGAACUAUGUUUUAAUGGAGGUAAAUGCAUUGGAAAGAACGUUUGUGAAUGUUCCGAAAGCUGGUUUGGAAAUCAAUGCGAAAUGAAGAUUCGCACAAAACGUGAAGAAUCUUGUGCAGGGAAAUGUCAGCAUGGUGGACAUUGCACUGUCUACAAUACAUGCUGGUGCAGAAAAAAGUGGACUGGAACGUAUUGUACCACUUCAAAAUGGUACCGAAGACGAUUCUGAAAGUAAUUUGAAAAUUAAUUAAGUU